AUGAUUGCCUUGAUUUUAUUCCCAAAAGAUCAGCAACAAACCAAGAGAUCAAAAACAAACCUAAUGCUCACUACAGACACCCAUCCUUUCUCUGACUUUCGUCCAGACGCCACAGGGUCAUCUCUUCUCUAUCGUCUCUACUCUCUCAAUCUAAAUCGACGAUUCUCUUCUCUCUUUUUUGGUCAACCGGCUGUAGAAGUUUUCGCUCGAGUGGGAUCUUGGCCCAGUGAACAUCGCCUAUUCUCCUCUCUUCUCCUCAACUACCAGUUACACCCCCUGCUACCGGUAUACCUUCAAUGGCGUCUUCUCCAACUUCAUCAAUUCACAAGAGCUUUAAAUGAAGAUAUAUUGGCUAAUGAAUUGGGUACUAAAGCAACAAGAUGUCUACAAUUUUACACCGAGAAACUCAAUCCACAUACUGUUAUAAAAGGUCUUGGAAAGAUGAAGGAACUUAGACUUCUUUCUGUGGUUCUUGGAGAUUGUUUCCGUAAUUUGGAAUUUAAUAUUGUUAGCCCAGACUUUCCAGAUGCUUUACGAUAUCUGCGUUUGAACUAUUACCCUUACAAGUCUUUGCCCAAAACCUUUCAAGCAAAUAAUCUUGUUGCAAUUGAGAUGGAUGACAGCAAAAUCGAACAACUUUGGGAAGGGGGAGAAAAAAAGGUUCUUAACAAGCUCAGAUUCCUUGACCUUAAUCGUUCAAUGUUGAGUACCCUUGACCUUGGGCUUACUCCAAAUCUCGAGAAGUUGAAUCUUGGAGAAUGUUCCAAUUUGGUAGAACUUCAUAUGCCCUUUGGAUGUUUAAAGCUCGUAUCUAUCGACCUCAGAAAUGCAAGGUUGAGGACCCUUGACCUUCGUUUGGCUCCAAAUCUUGAAAAGUUGAUUCUUGUUGAAUGCAAUGAUUUGGAAGAACUCCACAUGCCCCAUAGAUGUCUAAAUCUUGGAUACCUACUACUCUCUAAAUCAAAGUUGAGGACCCUUGACAUUGGGCUGACUCCUAAUCUCAAGUAUUUGGAUCUUAAAAAUAGUUAUUAUUGGGAAGAACUUCACAUGGCUGAUCAAUGUCAAAAGCUCACAAACCUCGACAUUAGUCAUUCAAAGUUGAGGACCCUUGACCUUAGGUUGACUCCAAAUCUCAAGGGGUUAGAUCUAAGUUAUUGUUGUAAAUUGGUAGACCUUCACACCCCCAUUGGAUGUCUAAAAAAGCUUGUCUACGUAGGCUUAAAUGGUUGUUUGAGGUUUAAAUCUUUUUUGUUUAACAUGAAGGAUUGUACUUGUUGUAGUGUGGAUGAAUCACUUGAGGUUGGUCUUUUAUCUAAGUUGCAUCUGAUUGUGGAGUCGCUAGAAAGAUGUCCAUUUCACCUGUAAAUACAUGCCAAAGUUUCUGUUUAUAUGUUUUUGUAAAGUAGAUCGACCCUCAUUGACUAGAAUUCUUGAGAAGUU